UGUCAACAGCAAGAGCGUAGCACUUCUAGUAGAGCGAAGACGCGGGCGACUGUGAGAGUGUGAUUGUGUGUGAUCAGAGCCAAAGGAUAAGGCCAGGAUAUACCAGAAAUACGUGUGCAUUUGUGUGUAUCAGUCCGUGCAAGUUUAGCCCAAGAACAAUCGCCAAAAGCUGAGAACGCUUUAAUAGCCGCAAACAAAACCAACGAUGCAAACAUUCAAGGUCUGCGCUCUCCUAGCCUUCUGCUUGGUCCUUGUUUCCGCCCGAGGCAGCAAACGACGCGAUGGCACCGUUACGAUAACGGACAGCGAGCGUAGGAACAUUGAGGACUUUCUGUUGGCCAAGCUGAAGCAAAAUUGCAGACAAGAAGACGAUCGUGCCUGUAAGAUGAUCAAGAUGUCUAUUGUAAUGAACCAUCUGUAUCUGAACACCCGCAUUGACCUUGGCGACCGAGUGAAGGUCACAGAAAACGGAAAUAUCUCAAUGGUGCCGGAUGAUCCAGAGGUGAACCAGCUACUGUCCCGUUCAAUGGGGUCCGAUGAGGAGACGUUCGCGCUCCUGAUGGCCAACAAGUUGUGGAAGUUCAUCCGGUCGCGCUCCCUGCGAUACAAGUUCUCGGAGAACGCGGACUUUGUGAUCAACAGCGAUCCGGAGGGCAGUCUGAAUCUGGGCGUAUCCGUGCGCCCCUUGGAGGCGUUGCAGGAGGGGCGAGGUAAGAUGAAGAACAUGGGACCACUGCUGAUGAUGAUGGCGGCCAAGACGGGAAUGGUGGGAGCCCUGCUGCUCAAAGGACUCUUUCUGCUAGCCGGCAAGGCUUUGAUUGUCUCGAAGAUCGCCUUGCUGCUGGCGGUGAUCAUCUCGCUGAAGAAGCUGCUUUCUAGCAAGAAAACUAUAGUGGAGGUCCCAUCCCACCACGACAGCUACAGCUCCGGCUGGUCGAGGGCCUUUGACGGAUUCGUGGAGGGCCUGGUGGACGUGCCCGCCGAUGUGUUGGCCAAGGAAGUGCAGCACCAGCAGGAGCAGGCCCAAAACAUGGCCUACAGUGGCCAACAGCCGGGGAAAGUGGCGCAAUAAAGCUUGUUUUAACGAACUUGUUAUGUAUGUCAAUAGAUCAGGAAUGAACUGAAUUGGGUUUUCCUCGAACGCUUUUCCGCUGGCUUUGGGAAACUCCUCUAACUCUCUUCUCUAUCUUCCUCUUUAUCUCUUGUAAACUUUCUCCACUUUCCCUUAGAAUAACACUGUUCCGCUCUAACUCACUCUUGCAUCUGAAUGCAAUCCUCUCGCACACUUUCACAUUCCGUUUCCGUUUUCUCAAUGAUGAUCAUUCUAUCGUUUGUAAUUUAUUUAAACUUA